AUCGCUGGAAUCAAAUCAGUCUGCAAACAUGAAACUGCUCGUGCGGUUGUGCAUGCUUUCAGCACUCGCCCAACUCUUCGUUUCUGUUUCGUCUUUUACGACCGAUAGAGUUGUACAGCUGAAAGCAACAGGCGAUCUGAAAGAAAAAAUCAUAGAAGAUUCAAAACGUGGCACAAAUGGAAAGAAAUUUGGUGACGAUUUUAUCAAUAAAAAUUUGAGUGGCUGCAGGCAUACUGCAAAAGGCAAAACGUCAUGCGUCGAGGUUGGCCAGUGUAGAAGAGAGGAAAUCCAAUACUACGAGACUAAAUAUAAAUCUAAGAACUGCCUCAUGCCCAACGGGUAUUUAGGCGAGUGUUGUCCUAAAGGUGGUGUACAAGAAAGUAGGCAAAAGAGAGCAGCAAGCAACGCCGUCGUUAAUAUUUUAGAAGAGUAUAAUGAAUCUUCGAAAAAAAUCGAUUUGACGAAACUCGGCGACAUCACUAAUUGCGGACGCAGCAGGAAGGUUAUCAAUGAAAAGUUCCAUGGAAAACAAGAAACGGAGUUUAGUGACUACCCAUGGCUUGUUGCUCUCGUGAUCAAGAAGAUCAAGGCGCAUUACUGCGGAGGAGCUUUGAUCGACAGAAAGCACGUGCUUACCGCUGCCCAUUGCGUCCCAGAGGGCGUAGUUCCAGAGGGAAUCCUGGUUAGAAUCGGCGAGUACGACUUCGACAAGAACGAAACGCACUCUUACGACGGUGUAGUCGAAAAGAUCAAUUACCAUGAAGAUUAUGACCCGGCGACUAAAGAGCACGAUAUCGCUAUCUUAACGUUGAAAGACAAUGUGAAUUAUAACGGAUUCGUCAGCCCGGUCUGCCUUCCGCAACCUGAUGACAAUCAUUACAAAGAAAACAUUACAGCGAUUGUAGCAGGUUGGGGUAAGACUAUGUACAAUGGCAACACAAGUAGCGUCCUACAAGAAGUCCAAUUGCCUCUCUGGGACCAGAACACCUGUGUCUACAGCUUCUCUCAGUCUAUCUACGAAACGGCACUAUGCGCAGCUGGUUACAUUGGAGGAUUAGACGCAUGCCAGGGUGAUUCCGGUGGACCGUUGGUGACUCAGAAGGACGACGGACGUUGGGUCACCCUUGGGGUCGUUUCCUGGGGGAUCAAGUGUGGCGAGAGAGGGAAACCAGGAGUCUACACUCGAGUGAACGAAUAUUUAGAAUGGAUAGCGGAAAAUUUAUCGUAGUAUGGCAUUUUCCACCCAGUCAAACAUGGACAAAAAUAAAAAAUAUGCUUGAUUAAGUUUUGUAGAGCAUUAAAAAACAAAAUGCAUGGUGUUAAUGAACACUAUCAAAGAAUAAAUUAAGUAUAAUGUCCUUACAUGAAUGAUUUAUUGUUUAAUUUCUUGGUGGAAAAAAGUAGAAAAAAAUUAAAUUCCUUCUCUAAAUAUAAAAUGUCAUUAUAAAGCAACAAAUAUAAUAUAUUGAGAA